AUGGAGGCAUCACUUCUUCGAGCCAAGGUGAAGGCUUCUCUUGCUGAUGGAGUUUCAUGGGGAAUGCAUGAGGAUGCUAUUGAAGAAAAUGAGUUUCAAGGGCCAUUGGUCUUGUAUCCUCGUUCCAACAUAUUUUCAGUGGUUCGGAAGCUAGCAAGGAACAACAUGGACACAAGGUCCAAGGAUCUUGGAUCCCCAUCCCAACUUAUUGUAAAUGAUUCAAAAGCUGGCAGAGAAUGUUGUGGAGGCUUUAUGGGUGGAGUCAUAGCUGCUAAUGAUCCUGGCGGAGUGGCGGUAAUUCAAUCACCUUUUACUUGA